CCGGUACACUUUAUUCCCAAAAAUAAACAAGAAAAACCCAUCAUUCACUCGCUCACAAACUCUCUUUUUUCCUUUAUUUUUAUAUUAUUUUAAGUCCUCAAAUCCAUUAUUUUUCUUUUAUUCUCUCAGAUUUUAGCUUUGCCUUGUUCGCCUUUCACAGAUUCUUCUUCGUCUUCUUCUUCUCUGACCUUGCUCUCUCUAUCUCACUUCAAUCAGAUCUCAAAUACAACUCCACCCAUGACGCUCGGCGGCUCCGGAGGAUCUAGUGUUGUGGUUCCUCGGAACUUUAGAUUGCUGGAGGAACUUGAACGUGGUGAAAAAGGUAUUGGAGAUGGUACUGUAAGCUAUGGCAUGGAUGAUGGUGAUGACAUUUACAUGCGUUCGUGGACUGGCACAGUCAUUGGUCCGCACAAUACUGUACAUGAAGGUCGUAUUUAUCAGUUGAAGCUGUUCUGUGAUAAAGAUUAUCCGGAGAAGCCCCCAAGUGUUCGAUUUCAUUCACGAAUCAAUAUGACUUGUGUCAACCACGAAACUGGAGUGGUGGAACCCAAGAAGUUUGGACUUCUUCUAAACUGGCAGCGAGAUUAUUCUAUGGAGGACAUUCUGACACAGUUGAAGAAGGAGAUGGCUGCCCCACACAAUCGUAAGCUAGUGCAACCUCCCGAGGGUACCUACUUUUAGCUUUCACGGACAUAUAGAAAUAUAUCGUAUUGCUCUUGCAAUAUGCACUAUAUAGUUUGUAAUCCCGUGUUGGUCUGGUCUGGUGAAGUUUGGAACAUGCAGGGGAAUGCCCUAAAAAGCUUCUCCAGUUACCUCUCCACGGCUUCAUUGUCAUUUCCUUGUCUUCUCGUACGAAACUUUGUUUAAGGAAUGUUGUUUGAUUAAUGGGAUUUAUUUGUGUGUCAAA